AUGACUACCGACUUUGAGAAAUUGAAGCAAACCAUAACUAGUACGAGUGUGAGUAAUGAGCAAGCUAAGAAAUUACAGCAAUUGAUUGAUAAAUUGCCAUCGAUUCUUUCUAAAUUAGAUAAUCCUGAAUAUGAUGAGAUAUUUGGAUAUAGAAUUAAUAUUGCUCUGGAGGAGUAUGUUAAUGUAUCGAUCAGAAAUGAAAUUCUUUUAAAGUUUCUUGCUGCUGAUAAGUACGAUUUAGAAUUGGCUACUAAGAGGAUUAUUGAUACUUUAAAUUGGAGAAAUGAAUUUCAACCAUUGAGUGCGGCCUUUGAAGAAAAGUUUGAUCCUGAAUUAACAAAAUUAGGAGUAAUUACUGAUUUUGGUAAAGAUGGAAAAGAUAAUUUAAAAGUAUUAACAUGGAAUUUGUAUGGGAAUAUUAAAUCACCAAAAGAAUUAUUUGAAAAAUAUGGUGAAAAUGGUACAAAAGUUGAUAUAAAUAAUGUUAGUAAACUUCCUGGAUCGUUAUUUUUAAGAUGGAGAAUUGGAUUAAUGGAAAGAUCAUUGGCUUUAAUUGAUUUCAGUGAUAGUCAUAAUAAUAAGAUUGGACAAAUUCAUGAUUAUAAAAAUGUAUCUAUGUUUAAAAUGGAUCCUGGUAUGAAACAAGCUACUUCACAAAUCAUUGAAAUCUUUGGUCAGAAUUAUCCUGAAUUAUUAAGUAUUAAAUUCUUUAUUAAUGUUCCAGCUAUAAUGAGUUGGGUAUUUACAUUUUUUAAGAAAUUAAAGAUUAUUAGUCCUGAGACUCUUAAUAAAUUUGAAGUAUUAAGUGGAGGAGAUUUAAGUAAUUGGUUUAAACGAUCAAGAUUACCUAAAGAGUAUGGAGGAGAGAUUGGUAGUAAAUCUGGUAGUAAUGGUCAAACUGAUGAAACUAUCUUUGAUAUUGAAGUUAGUAAUUCAGAAUAUAAGAUUGGAGAGUAUGGACAAGUUAUAUUAAAGAGAUUAGGGGAUAAGGAAAUUGCUGAGAUAAAUAAUGAUGUUGAUUAG